AUGGCUCCCUCCCCGUUUCGCCUUCCCAAGUCGCGUGACCGCGCCGCUGGCAGCUCCUAUUGGCUGCAGCCGCGCUCAGGAUUGCGGUCCGUGUGCCUGCUUGCAGCCUGCGCGGCGGCGCUCGUGCCGCUGCUUGUCUCAUUCUCGGCCUUGAAUGCAACGAAUCGGGACACUUUGGAGGUAAAUACUUUCCUGGCGGCUCAAAAGCUGCUCGUGCCGCUGCUUGUCUCCCUGUCGGGCUUGAAUGCAACGAAUCAGGACAGCUCGGAGGAGAACAAGGGGCGUGAGCCGCCCAUAGCAGUGUGUCUGGUGGGGUCAGCGCGGGCCUUUGAGGCGACGGGGCCUUCGCUGCUGCGCCACCUGCUGCUGCCCUCCGCCCACCCCUCCUCCCACUCCUCCGAUCGCUCCCACCCCUCACACCGCUCCUCACACCUCUCUCACCCCUCCCACCGCCCCUUACACCUCUUCCUGCACGCGCCUCUAGACGAAACCACUGCCAAACUCGCCCUGUUUCGCCCAUCUCGCCCUUCCUGCCCUGUUUCGGCCUCCCUCCCUCCCUCUCUCCGUCCUGUCUUUUCAUUCCCGCGUUUGGCUUCUCAUUGCGCCUCAAAAACAGAUCUCCCCCUCCCCUCCCACCCACCCUGCAGGGGCUUGCUACAGUACUUCCGCCUGGUGGAGGGGUGCUGGGACAUGAUCCAAUCCUUUGAAGCCACGUCAGCGCCUCCUCUGCGUUACAACUGGAUCGUGCGAGCCCGCCUCGACUCCCUCUGGUCCGCCCCCGCCCCCAUCCAACCCCCGCCGCCCGCCCCGCCGCCUGCCAUUCCCCCUGUUACCACCACUGCCGCAGCAGCGGCGGCAGCAGCAGAAGCAGCAGCAAUAGCAGAAGCAGAAGCAGCAGCAGCAGACUCAGCUGAGGAGGAUAUGUUUGGUAGCAGUGGGGUGGGUGACGGCAGUGGGGUGGGUGAUGGGCUGGCCUAUAUGAUUCCUUACGGGUCGGACUGGUGGGGUUUCAACGACCGGUUUGGGAUGGGAGGCAGGCAGGCGAGUGCAGUUGCGUUGAGGCGGCUGAGUGCGUUGGAUAAAAUGGUGGCUGUUGGGUACAGCCAGCUCAACUCAGAGAUGGCAUUUAAAGCCCAGAUGGACAUGGGGGGAGUGAGAGUGGAGCGUCAGAACCUCUCCUUCUGCAUCCUCACUCGCCGGAUGUACCCCUUAGAGGACGACUCGUGUCCUGUUAAGAUCCUCAGCGCUACUGCCAAGGUGCCUUUGAACGGUGCCAAGUGCCGAUUGUGCACGCCCUGCAAGGCCGGGGAGGAGGCGGAACAGGCGCUAUCUGCCAUUCCUGAUACGGCUCCCAAUUGGCCAGGGCCGUUCACUCAGGGGAUAGAAAUGUGCUCCAUCCACCAACCGUGGGAGGACACGUGGCAGAAGCAGUACGAUGAUGUCAUGGGCGCUGAGCUGGCACGCCAACGCCAAGCUGUCGUGCGCAUGGCUGCUGACGUGGCGCUCUGCGUGCGAUCUUUCGAGCGGCUCCGCGCCCUCUCCACUGUGUGGUUCACGCCCUCCCCCGUGCCACUGUGUCUCCGCGCCCUCUCCUCUGUGUGGUCCGCCCCCUCCCCCUUGGCGCUCUGUGUGCGGGGGCAGCUGGGGGAGACGAAGCUUCUGGGAACCAAUCCACGACAGUUUGCCACUUUCACGCGCCUGCUCUCUUCUACCAGUGUUGUGGUCUCCAUCUCCUCUCGCCCGGAGUGGGAUGCGGUUACCAACGCCAAUGUCACAAUGACCGCAAGCGGCAGAGAAGGGCAAUGGCAGCAAGCCGACAGCACGGGUGGUGGGGAGCGGGAGAGGGGGAGCCAGGAGGAUCAGGGUGGGGAAGGAUUUCAACGUGGGGAGGUGGUGAGGGAGGAAGAAUACAAGCGCGAGACUGAUGAUGGGCUGCUGUGGCGUGUGGAUGUGAUCAAGGUGGAUGUGGCCGAUCUCGACCCUGCUCUUAUUGCAGCCUGGGCUACUGCCGAGCACGAUGCAUCUGCAGAAAACACGCCAUCACCAUCAUCAUCACAACCACCACCACCACCACAACCAUCACCAUCACCAUCACCGCACCGCCUACCAUCGCUCGCACCUCGCCCGCUCUCAGCAGUGUGUUAG